UCGGAUUAUAAAUAUUCAUCAUUAACGGCGCCAAUGCAAGACGUUGUUCAAUCUCAUUGGCUGUGUGCGGACUUGGAAGGCGCGUCUUUACUGAAUGCUGUCAGUGGGCGUGAGAUUGCCAUUCGACGGGUUUGUGAGGGAUUGGGAUCUCCAUAGUUAGAUUACGCUAGGGAAGCGGGCGAUUAAGCGCACACAGCCGGCCUGCCAUGACACAAAGCUCCGCUAAAAAGAUUCUGAAUGGAGAGACCUGCCACCGGACGAGCCAAGCGAAGAAAGCGGCUAGCAACGGGUUCGUGAAGAACCACUGCUUUUUCCAGCAGCCGCUGAAGAGAUUCCGCCGCCUGGCGGAGAAGCAGAACCAUCAUGUUUCAUGCACUUCAGUGCUUUACAACAAACCAUUAGUGGAGUCAUUUGAGGAGACGCCAUUGCUUGUGGCCGUCUUCACCUACAUGGGCUAUGGCAUCCUCACCAUUUUUGGAUAUCUGCGAGACUUCCUAAGGGAAUGGAAGUUUGAGAAGUGUCACCUGGCCAGAGAGAGAGAAGAACAGAAGGAUUUUGUUCCACUGUACCAGGACUUUGAGAACUUCUACACCAGGAAUUUGUACAUGCGGAUCAGAGAUAACUGGAACAGGCCCAUAUGCAGUGUCCCAGGAGCCAAGAUGGACCUGGUGGAGCGGGUCACAAAUGACUACAACUGGACCUUUGAACACACAGGGAAGGUUCUGAAGGGUGUCAUUAAUAUGGGCUCAUACAACUACCUCGGCUUUGCAGAGAAUUCCGGCACAUGUGCUGAUGCUGCUUCUGAGUGCACUCUGAUGUAUGGUGUGGGGGUGAGCAGCACUAGGCAUGAAAUUGGUAAUCUUGACAAGCAUGAGAAGCUGGAGAAGCUGGUGGCCAGGUUUUUAGGGGUGGAAUCAUCCAUGGUGUUUGGAAUGGGCUUUGCUACAAACUCCAUGAAUAUUCCUGCACUCACAGGCAAGGGCUGUCUGAUCUUAAGUGAUGAGCUCAAUCAUGCCUCUCUUGUUCUGGGAGCUCGUCUUUCUGGCUCCACCAUCCGUGUAUUCAAACACAACAAUAUGCAGAGUCUGGAGAAGCUGCUUUGGGAUGCUAUCGUGCACGGUCAGCCCAGAACUCACCGGCCCUGGAAGAAGAUCCUCAUCCUCGUGGAGGGAAUUUACAGUAUGGAGGGCUCAAUAGUGCGACUUCCUGAGGUUAUUGCCCUGAAGAAGAAAUACAAAGCCUACCUUUAUCUAGAUGAGGCACAUAGUAUCGGGGCACUAGGAGCGAGAGGCAGAGGUGUGGUGGACUAUUUUGGUCUGGAUCCAGCUGAUGUUGACAUCAUGAUGGGCACAUUUACCAAGAGCUUCGGUGCUGCUGGAGGAUACAUUGGAGGAAAGAAGGAGCUGAUAGAUUACCUGCGCUCACACUCUCACAGUGGAGUUUACGCUACCUCAAUGUCCCCGCCCGUCACUCAGCAGAUUACCACUUCUAUGAAGUGCAUUAUGGGAAAGGAUGGCACAACGUUAGGUCAGGAAAGACUUCGUCAGUUGUCAGAAAACACAACCUACUUUCGCAGGAGACUCCACGAGAUGGGCUUUAUCAUCUAUGGGAACAAUGACUCCCCUGUUGUACCCUUGAUGCUUUACAUGCCAGCUAAAAUCGGAGCGUUCGGGCGGGAGAUGUUGAAAAGGAACAUUGGUACAGUGGUAGUUGGGUUUCCCGCCACACCCAUCAUUGAGUCGCGAGCACGUUUCUGUGUCUCUGCCGCCCACACCAGAGAGAUGCUCGACACUGCUUUAAACGCCAUCAGUGAAGUGGGGGAUCUACUCCAGCUGAAAUACUCACGAAACAACCAGCCAGGGGACGAAGAAACAGACUAUUUUUAAUACCUGGAGAGCCACCAGGACUAGUACUUUCCCAGCCCUGACGAACUGACUUCAUCUAACCUCCACCGAUGCUUUCCACCCUUAGAGCGACAUGUUCUUUCUGUUUGUCUGUUUUGUUUGUAUAACUUAUUUUUCAUUUUUAUAGUGUUCAUUUCUGUGGGCUUACACUGAUUGAAGCCCACCGAUUGACCAUAUUUCAAGUCUUCCCUCUAUGGUCAGAAGUCAAUAUUCAUUUCAUUGUGCAAUAUCAACAGUACGUGAGACUUCAUAUCACUGUGUUUUUAUCCCAGUAUGACACAAAAUAGAAGUUAAAGAAUAGUUCUGACAAAAAUGUAAAUUGUCAUCAUUUAUUCACCCUCAUGUCGUUCCAAACCCUUAUUUGGAAAAUGAAAGGAAAUGUACUGAAAAAUCUUCACACUGCUCUUUUUCAUAUAGCAAAAGAGGGCUGAUUUUUACAGUCAAAAUCCAAAAAUGACAGGAAAGCACCAAAAAAGUAGUCCAUAUGUGCUAUAUUCCAAUUCAUCAGAAGCCAAUACGGUAGCUUAGUGUGAGGAACAGACCUAAAUUCUUCACAACAUAGCUCUCAAAUCUUAUUUUUUAACUGCUCUUGCAUUCCUUGUACAAACUGGCACUACACAUCAGAAGGCAUUGUUUUUUAAUUGAACAUUAGCGCAAAUUAGUUUUGACUAAUGUCGCAAAGGGGGGUUAUUUGUGAAAAUCUUAAAUUAAAUAUCAUAUGGCUUCACAAAGCUUAGAAUAUAGUGCACACAUCCUAUUGCCCACACAUUACUAUGAACUGUAAUUAAAUGGAAAAGAGCUGCAUGAACUUUCAUCAAAAUAUAUUUUUAUUCCAAAGGAAGAUUUGAAAUGACAGGAGAGUGAGUAAAUAACAAUUUUAAUUUGAGAGAACUUAUACUAUCCUUAUACUAGUUUGAGUUCAAUCAAUACAUUAGUAUUUUGUUUCAGGAAGUUCAACUCUUUCCACAGUUCGAGACACAAAGUUCUGUCUGUUUAGAAUGAGCUUUUGAGAAAUAUACUAAUCUAUUAUUGUUGAACAGUAAAUAAGAGGGUUACUAUUCAUAUAAAUGUGUAUUUAUAUAAAAAAAGUAACCGAUAUUUAUUAAUACCCAUUUCAGUAAAUCUGCUUUUCCAUUGUUACAUACUGUACUAUCAUUCUGUAGCUCCACAAAUCUUCAUAUCAAUCUUUAUUCUUUUUCAAGACCUUUUUUUUUAGCUUUCUGUAAUGGGAAAUUAUUUACCAUUACCAAUGUUGAAUAUAUUUUCUGUAUCUUAAUUUGAUUGAUGUCUUACUUGAAUGUUUUUUUACUCACUGAUGAUUCACAUAUCUAAAAUUGAGUUUUUUUCUAUAAUGUCUAAACCAAGGCAUCACACAGAGCCAGAACUCUUUCAUGCCUUUGCAUAAUUUUAAACAAAAAAUAGCCUGACAUGGCUCAUAUUUCAAUCUGUUCUGUCUGUUGCCUACAAACAGCAGUGGAGAGAAAUUCAUGUUGCCUUUUUAUUGUUAUAUAGCUGCUUUUGAGUUCCCGCUUUAAUGUUGAGAUUUAAAUUAAUGUUAUCUAUUUUUAAGAAUGCUUGUCUUGUGUUCCUCACAACUCUGACGGGAAUGCAAAAUACAGGUCACUGAUAGGAAAUUAAGUGCUCUUUUAAGUCUGUAUGCAUGACGAUGUGGCUUACGAAUUCCACAUCGGAAGUACAUUUAUUUAAUUUUUUGCCCUGUUCUUUUAUUUUCUAUGUUUUCUGAAGUCUUGUUCUUAACCGAACAGGCAGCUCUAUAUGUCUCUGGAUGCCCACAUUGUAUGUGAGUGGGACUAUAUGACCUCAGAGUUACUUUUGACUGGUAAGAGAUGCAGAUAUGACGUUGACACAGGCUAUCUUUAUAGACUCAAGGAAAUCAACUGAGCUGCAUUCAACUGUAAGGGCAUUCUGCACUGUUUGUCUCUUUCUCAUUUGUAGUUGCUACUUUCAGCAAAUAUUCAUGCAAUCACAAUCGUCACGUGUCCUUUAAUAAGAAACGGUGGCAUUCACUGAAUGUGGCUGAUUAAUCAUUUGUUUUAACUAAUAAUUGAAUAAUAAAAGAACUGGAAAAG